AAUGAGCGGAGCCCAGUGCGAGUUUUAAACCUGCGGCCGUAGCUGGGGCUGGUGGUGGCGGUGUGUGGAGUCAUGGCGCUGCGGGUCACCAGGAACAACAUGAGGGUCAACGCCGAGAACAAGCCCAAGGCCAGUGGGGCGGCGGCGGCGAGCGCCAAGCUAGGGGGUGCCGCGUCCAAGCCCGGCCUGCGGCCCCGCAGGGCCCUGGGGGAUAUCGGCAACCGCGUGUCCGAGGAGCCACAGCCUAAAGCUGCCCUCAAGAAGGAAGUCAAGCCUACAGCUGAGGACAAGCCUGCUGCCAGGAAAGCUGCAAAAGCUGUGGAGGGCACUGCUGAGCCUCUGAAGGAAGAGGAGCAGGUCCAGGAACCUGCCAAGAUACCCAUCUGUGUGCCAGGGCAGUUGCAGCCUCUAUCCCCAACCCCAAUGGAAACAUCUGGAUGUAUGCCAGUAGAGGAAAUACUGUGUCAAGCCUUUUCUGAUGUGUUGCUUGAUGUAGAUGCAGAUGAUGGUUCUGACCCAAAUCUCUGCAGUGAAUAUGUGAAGGAUAUCUACAAAUACCUGAGAGUUCUUGAGGAACAACAAGCUAUUAGACCAAAAUUCCUGUUGGGCAAGGAAGUCACUGGAAAUAUGCGUGCUAUACUCAUUGACUGGCUUGUGCAGGUGCAAAUGAAAUUCAGACUGCUGCAAGAGACCAUGUACUUGACAGUUGCUAUCAUAGACCGUUUUUUGCAGAACAACAUCGUGUCCAAGAAGACUCUGCAGCUGGUUGGGGUCACAGCCAUGUUUGUUGCCAGCAAAUACGAAGAAAUGUAUCCCCCUGAAAUUGGGGAUUUUGCCUUUGUAACAGACAAUGCUUACACCAAGCUGCAGAUCAGGCAAAUGGAAAUGAAGAUUCUGAAAGCUCUAGACUUCAGCCUGGGUCGCCCUCUGCCACUGCACUUUCUAAGGAGGGCAUCCAAGAUUGGUGAGGUGGAUCUAGAACAGCAUACCCUAGCCAAAUAUCUGAUGGAACUGUGCAUAGUGGAUUAUGAAAUGGUACACUACCCUCCAUCCCAGACUGCAGCUGCUGCUUUUUGUCUUGCUCUAAAAAUUCUUGAUGGUGGAGAGUGGACGCCAACUUUACAACACUACAUGUCCUACACUGAGAGUGACCUCCUUCCUGUCAUGCAGCAUAUGGCAAAGAAUGUAAUUCAAGUGAACCAGGGCCUUACAAAGCGCAUGACAGUCAAGAACAAAUAUGCCAGCAGUAAGAAUGUGAAGAUCAGCACUCUUUCACAGCUAAACUCUGCAGUCAUACAGGAUUUGGCUAAGCCUCUGUUAAAAGCGUAACUCCAGCAGAAUGAAAAUGUUGACACAAUGUGCCGCUAUGUAUAUAACUUUUUUUAAUUUUAAAUUUCUAAAUUUAAACUUUUAAAUUAAAGCAUCUUCUUACCUCCUU